CUGGGGCCUCGGCGCGCCGUGGAAUACGGCAAUGCUUCCGGCCCCACUGCCCUCAGCGAACAUGGCGGCAGUGGAGAAGCGGCGGCCGGUGGUGACACCGGCGGCCAGUUUCACAGACAGUGGCCGGCCGUCGGUGUCCCGGACGGCGACAGCAGUCGAGAACGAGGAGGACUUCCUGCAACAGCUCGGCGUGACGGAGAUGCUGCGCGCGGCCCUGCUGAAGGUGCUGGAGGCGCGGCCCGAGGAGCCCGUCGCCUUUCUGGCACACUACUUCGAGAACAUGGGCCUGCGCUCGCCGGCCAACGGCGGCGCCGGGGAGCCCCCGGGGCAGCUCCUGCUGCAGCAGCAACGCCUGGGCCGCGCGCUGUGGCACCUUCGCCUGGCUCAUCACUCGCAGAGGACAGCCUUCAAUAACAACGUCAGCGUGGCCUAUGAAUGCCUGAGUGCUAGUGGGCGCAAGAAGAAACCAGGGCUGGACGGGCGGACCUACAGCGAGCUACUGCGGCGCAUCUGCCGCGACGGCCAGGCCCCAGAGGAGGUCGUGGCACCACUACUGCGAAAGAUCCAGUGCCGCGACCAUGAGGCUGUGCCACUGGGCGUGUUCAGGGCCGGCAUGCUCACCUGUUUUGUACUGCUGGAGUUUGUGGCACGGGCUGGUGCCCUGUUCCAGCUGCUGGAGGCCCCAGGGCUGGCUGCUGCUGACCGCUGCGUGGGCCAGGCUGUGCUGGACACCCUGGAGGGUGCCCUGGGUGCUGGGGACCAUGCCACCACCCCUGCCUGCUACCUGGAGGCUGGCUCACGCCUGGGGCCCGACAACCUGGCACUGGCCAUGGACCGUGCAGCAGCCGGGAGGAGGCCCAGCUCCCCCAUGGCCCGGGAGGAGUUCCUGAAGAAGGCAGCCACCCUCUUCAUCGCCAAGGUCAAGCCAGUGGGUUAGGCCCACCCUAUGCUCCCCAGACCUCAACCCUAACCAGGACCUGGGACAUCUGCCAGCUAGAACCCUUCUCCCUACCCCUGGCCAGCCUCCUGCCUGCCCCAGGCCCUGCGCAGCAGAAAUAAAAUGUGUCA